AAGUAGGCGAGAGGGGGUGGCGGAAUUGCUCAAUUUCCGGUUCCCCCUCCGCCCCCGAGAGCACCAGCCUGAGAGCAGCAGCGGAGAUGGCAGCAAUUCGGAAAAAGCUGGUUAUUGUUGGAGAUGGAGCCUGUGGCAAGACGUGCCUUCUGAUUGUCUUCAGCAAGGAUCAGUUCCCAGAAGUUUAUGUCCCAACAGUCUUUGAAAACUACAUUGCUGAUAUUGAAGUGGAUUCCAAACAGGUUGAACUCGCGCUGUGGGACACAGCCGGGCAGGAAGACUAUGACCGCCUGCGGCCGCUCUCCUAUCCGGACACCGAUGUUAUUUUAAUGUGUUUCUCAAUUGACAGCCCAGACAGUUUAGAAAAUAUUCCUGAAAAAUGGACUCCAGAGGUAAAGCACUUCUGUCCCAAUGUGCCUAUUAUUCUGGUGGGCAACAAGAAAGACUUGAGAAAUGAUGAGCACACACGGAGAGAGCUUGCGAAGAUGAAACAGGAACCUGUGAAACAAGAUGAGGGCCGGGACAUGGCGAACCGAAUCAAUGCUUUUGGUUACAUGGAGUGCUCUGCCAAGACCAAGGAGGGUGUGCGCGAGGUCUUUGAGAUGGCCACACGGGCUGCCUUACAAGUUAAGAAGGCCAAGAAGAAUAAAGUUUGCCUGAUUUUGUAGAAUGUUAUUUACCCACCUUCAAAAUGUAUCUCUCACACAAUAACUUUUUUACAGUGUAUUGGAAACUCUUCCUCCUGCCUCUUCCACUGUCUGUUUUCUAAAUAAUCCAAUUUACUUGUAUUUUCUUGAUUGGAGCCUUUGGCUUUGUGUACAUGAUCAGUGUCCAGAUCACGAUGGGAAUUAAGCAGUGCAGGAGCUUGGUCAGUUACUGGUGGGGCACACACUUGGGGAGGGUGAAGGAGAGGUUUAUUUUGGUUGUAUUUGUUCUAAAGAUCAUCAGUAGAGUAACUACUGCACACAGGGUUCUAUUACAUACCUCAUAUUCGGAGCAUGAACACAUGUGGAUGAAGGACUCCUGUUUUCUAACCUGAUGAGCAUUUAAAUCUAAUUCCUGUACAUUCUCUACAACCAUUUCUAUAUGGAAGAUUCUCUCCGCAUUCUUUCCUUCUGUUCCGAAAAUGCAGGGAGCGAGCUGCUCAUUCCCUCUGCCUGUUUGUGUAGCCUGGCUUCUGUAUAAUAGCAAUCCGUUGGGCAAUUCUGAUUUGUUUUGUAGACUUCAUUGUAUUCACUUGCUCAGAUUUAUAUAAAGGAUAAUAUCUGAUUUUUAGCACUAACUGUGUUCUGCAUCUGAACCUUUCUCUGCCCUGAGCUAAGCUGUGCCUCACAGGAUGAUGAAUGUAGUGUGUUUAGAGCUGCCACACAUUGCCUUGUUCAUGUUGCUGAAGCGAUUUCCAAAGAGGAUGUUCCUGAACACAAACAUUUUAUAAAAAGUGGCUGCGGAGGAAGCUCGUGGCUGGCAAAGUGUGUCUGGUUCUGGCGGGUCCCGUGUUUAGCAGCUGGUGUUAUGGUGAUGGUUAACUGUGUGAAGUGCGUUUGUCCUGCAAUUGUAAUGUAUUCAGACAGUCGGCACUUAACAAAUGUAUAAAUACUAGAAUAAAUUUACUGAACAUUUGUAACCACCCAA